GGGAGGGGGACUUGGCGGUUAAAUGAGUCGCUGUUAAGCGACAGCACAUUCCUACAACAGGUGAAGACAGACCUGGAAGAAUAUUUCCAGGCAAACUCUGGGGGAGACGUACCCGACCAAACCGUGUGGCUCGCACACAAAGCUGUGGCGCGGGGUCUCUUUAUUAGACGCUCCUCAUAUCUCAAGAAGAGUAGGCAAAAAACCCAACUAGAAUGCCAGAAGCUACUGGCGGUAGCGACGACCCAGAACAAAUUAAACCCAUCCCCGGCUCUGGCCAAACAGGUGCAAACCUUAACUAGUCAAUUAACAGAACUGAACGCAGCAAAAACCGCCUAUUUUUUACAAAGGUUGAGGGCAACAUCCUAUCAUCAUAGCGGAAAAGCCACAAAAUAUCUAGCCAACCGCCUAAAGGCGAGACUGGCAACGUCCAAGAUAGCCCACCUGCACACCGCAGCGGGUAA